GUGACCAUCAACUUUUGAGCCAGUUCCCCGCCUUCCAUGUUACUUCCUGAAAAGGAGCUCAGCUUUGUGAAGAUACGUAUAAUAAUGGAUGCCUCUUCAUCAGAUAAGGACAUGUAAUUAAUAUCCAUAUUUACCUAAGUAGUCAAGAAAGCUUGAGUUCCUCUUCGCGACAGUAUUUUUUUCUCACUUUAACACAUCACCUAGCAAUGGCAAAUGUAUCAGUCAAUGAACUAGGAUUCUCCCCGAAGCAAGGCGUCAACUGGUCGAACUAUCUUGUCUACCGCCCUGUAUAUCAGACAUCUUUCUUCAAGCGCAUAUUUGACUACCACGCAGAGAAGCCGGGCGCAACAUGGACCGUAGGCCAUGAUAUUGGCGCCGGUUGCGGAAUUGUCUCGUUCACUCUUGCUAUUCAUUUCGACAGCGUUAUUAUCUCGGAUCCCAACGACGGCUAUGUUACUCUCGCUAAGAAGCUCCUUAUUGAAGAAGCAUCUCUCCCAGAAUCCAAGUUCACUUUCCUCCAAGAAACCGCGGAGGAAACUUCUGUUGAUUCUGGAACGAUCGACCUAAUCGCGGCGUGCGAGUGCAUCCAGUGGACUAACCCCAAAGCUGCUAUCAGUGAAUUUAGCAGGCAACUUAAAGCCGGUGGUACACUUGCGAUCACGUAUUAUGCCCGCCCACUGAUUGAUGGGAACGAACGGGUGCAGAAUGCUUGGAAGGGGGUUUGGGGCGCACAUUCUAAAAAAGCCCAAGGCGAGGUGUUUGACCGUGCUUUUAGAACGAUCAACACAGCCCUUGAAAAUAUAGAGUUUCCCGAAGGAGAAUGGGAAGCUAUCAAGAGAGUGUACAUCAACGCUCGGGGAGACGUCAACGCUUUUGUGAUGAAUAACCUGGUAGAUGAGAGGAAAGUCAAGGAAAAGGAAGAGAAGAUUUGGGUUGAGGAUGACGAAGAAUGGGUCGGGAUGAAGGACAUUGAGUGGUUCAAGGCAUAUCUAGCUACUUGGGUGCCGUAUAUCCCAGAGGCCGAAAUGCAGGACGUCUGGGAUGAGCUAGAGCUUGCUUUGGAGGGCAAAAAGGCUAGAAUUAGAACACCAGUUGUUAUGAUUUUUGCCACGAGGAGGGCAUAGUCUUUCACUGGCCUUGUCAGCGUCAAAAAGGGCUCAGCUGGGAUUUGAACCCAGGACCUCACUCAUUCUCUCUAUGAUAGAGAUGGACAGAACUGCCCGAAGGGUGCGCGAUGACCACUUCGCUACUGAGCCUGAGAUAUUGGCUUUCCUUGAGCAAGUAUCGAAGGAGGAAAGACCGUUUUUUUUUUAUUGGUAAGGUUGUUUGAUCUUAUGUCUUAUGUCUAUUCUGGCCGCGGUUAGUUGUUUUGUAAUGUGUUAGGAAAGAGGGCGUUUGAAGGAUGACGUAGUCAUUUUAUUGAGAAGGAGCUUCGGGUGUGAAGGUGCAAAGAUAAAUGACGCCGGAGAGGAACUUAUUACAUAUAGGUACAUAUGUAUGUAGGUAGGUACCUACCUAAGUACGUAAACGCCACUGCUUGAUCCAAUUCUUUAAAAAUGAGCAAGAUACAUGCAAUUG